AUGUUCAUAAAGGUAGUCCAUAUCACAGUAUUUGCAUUUCAAAAUACAAACGAAAAUGAUGAAAUAACACGCUACCAAAUGGGCAGAUAUAUCAGCAGUAACGAAGCCAUAUGGCGAAUUUUUGGUUUUCAAAUACACGAACGAGAUCCAGCUGUAGUACAUUUAAGUAUACAUCUUGAAAAUGGUCAACGUGUUUAUUUCAACGAACAAAAUGCAAUAGAAAGGGCAUUAACAACAUCAAAAACUACGUCAACCGAGUUCUUUGAAUUGAAUAAACAACAAAAUAUUUUUGGGCAAUACGCAAGAACUUUACUUUAUUCGGAAGUUCCAACAUAUUUCACAGGGAACAAAGCUUUAAAAAGACUGCUUUUGAUAAAUGUACGCGGUCCAACAUCGUAUGAGUAUUUGAGAACUGUCAAUGGUCAGCUAUACAAUACAUAUCAUGAUGCAUGUAGAGAAUUGCAAUUGCUGGAAAGCGAUAAUCAUUGGGACAUCACGCUCCGGGAUGCAGUAUUAAGUUCUUUUCCACAUCAAAUUCGUCAAUUAUUCGCUAUAUUGUUGACAACAUGUUUUCCAAAUAAUCCCAAAGAAUUGUGGGAAAAAUAUAAAUGCUCAAUGAGUGAAGAUGUACUACAUAGACAUAGAACAACAAAUCAUGACUUAAAUAUUCAAUUCAAUCGUGAAAUUUAUAACGAAGCUUUGAUUAUGAACGAAGACUUAUGUUUACUUAUAUCAAAUCAACCACUUAAAUUAUUAGGAUUGUAUUCGCUAAAUCGUACUUCAGUAUAG